GAUGUGAGCCUUUCCCCGCCCCCUCUGAUGACAUCAUCGCGCCGAGGCCGGGAAAGGCGGGACUUUCGGCAUUCGGGAGUCAGCAAAGGGAGGAGGGGCAACGAAAGCGCCGAGGCUUUAGCGGAAGCGGAAGAAGCUGGACAGGAGCCGAGGGCGGAAGUGGCGCUGUGGGAGGCUUGGAGUCGGGGAGCCGAAGGGGAGAGCCGGACGCGGGCGGGAGCGGCGGUCUGAGACCUGUUUUCCUCCCCGACAGUCCUAUCCCUGCCCCUGCGGUCGGCAUACCUGCCCUUUUGACAGGCCAUGGCGGGCCGUGGCGGAACUGCGCGGUCAAACGGGCCAGCUGCCGGAAACAAGAUCUGUCAGUUCAAGCUGGUUCUGCUGGGAGAGUCGGCCGUUGGGAAGUCCAGCCUUGUCUUACGGUUCGUGAAAGGACAGUUCCACGAGUACCAGGAGAGUACGAUUGGAGCUGCUUUCCUCACACAGACCAUUUGCCUAGAUGACACAACGGUCAAGUUUGAGAUCUGGGAUACGGCCGGGCAGGAGCGCUACCACAGUCUGGCUCCGAUGUAUUACCGAGGGGCACAAGCAGCCAUCGUUGUCUACGACAUCACAAACAUGGACACCUUUGUGCGAGCCAAGAACUGGGUGAAGGAACUGCAGCGGCAAGCCAGCUCCAACAUAGUCAUCACCCUGGCAGGAAACAAGGCUGAUCUGGCCAGCAAGCGAGCCGUUGACUUCCAGGAAGCUGCGGCGUAUGCAGAUGACAACAGCUUGCUGUUCAUGGAGACGUCUGCAAAGACUGCAAUGAAUGUGAACGAAACCUUCAUGGCAAUAGCCAAGAAGCUCCCCAAAAACGAGCCGCAGACUGCAACCGGGACAGCGGGCAGGAAUCGGGGUGUUGACCUCCAGGAGAGCAGCCAGCCCAGCAGGGGGCAGUGUUGUAGCAACUGAGGGAUCACUGCCUGCUCCUCUCGGAUCACCCCUGACUGGAAUGCGCCUGAACCGGAUCGCGCUUACAGAAGAACAGCUGCCAGGAUCCUUCUCUUUUUUUUCCCCUGACCCUACCCUUCUCUGCUGCUGUGAUAUUUUUCUUCUCUGUCCAUAGAAUGGAGGGAGCAAAGAAAACCUACUCGACCCUCUUCUGUACAAAUAACUAAUUUUUUUAAAAGUCUGACAAGCGUAUUCCAGUGCCGGAUCACUCCAGUCUAAGGCCGUUGAUUCGCUAGGGCUUCAGCUGGAGUAAUCCUGCCUGUAACCACUCUACUGCCUUUUUAAAAGCAAAAGGAAAAAAAAUGAGCAACUUGCUCCUUAUGGGGGUAGGCGUGUCUUUCCAAGAGCUUUGGUCCCACUCCCCUGCUUCUCUGCCUUCUUAAUUUCCCAAAACAAGGGGGUUUUUUUUAGUCUUGAUAUCCGCUCACAGCUGCUUGGAAGCAGGGAAAACGGCAGCAGUCUUUCAUUGGGACUGGAGGUGACUCUGGGGGCCAUGUCUGCUCACCGAUUCUAAGCCACUUGACUGGGCAGGGCUUGUCAUCAAGGAGCCUGGUUGAAAUACGCGCAGACAUGUCCUUGGGCCAAGGCAUGGGACCGGCAGAUAACCACUAAAAAGAAAUGCGUGAAGUUUAAUGGCGAGAGUGAGAAACACGAGACACCUCUGGCCUUUAAGACUCGUUUUGACCAAAUCACAAUUAUGAGUACGGGGAGCGGGGGUGGGGGGGAGGGAGCUGAUUUCUUCUGUAUUUUGUAUUCAGUUUUUCAACGUGUAACCAAUCAGUAUCUCUCUUUAAUUACAUAUACCAACUAGCCUUGCAUCUGCCUCAGUUUGCAUCGGGCUUUGAGACGCCGACUCGGCAUUAAUUCCCUCCCCCUUCCAUUUAGGAUGUAAUGCACUAAUUCAGCCUGUCAGGGGGGGAAAAAAUCGUAUAAAAUCACUUAAAAAAAAAAAAUCAGCGGUGUGAUGCCAUUGUUAAUAAUCCUAUAAUAUAAUGUGUGUUGGGUGUAUAGAUGCUGUCGACGGUGAGGAUAAAUCAUUCUUGUACACACGAGACGGGGGGGGGGGUUUCUGUAUUCCUAUAGAAGACUGAUAAUUUCACUCUAAUCGAAUCGCGUAAGGGAAGCCACAAAGCCUGAUACAGCGCCCGAGGCAAUUUUGUCUUAUCCAUAUUGGUAUUUAAGAGAAAAGGAGUCUACUUAAGUCUUUUCAACGCAAAGCUCCAGUUGUGUAUGAUUAAUAAAAUAAAAUUUUUAUAAAUCAGAGGUUAA